AUGUAUAACGGAUUCCAAGCUGAAAGCAACAACCCGUUCUUGAGUGAUGCCCAGGCUGCCCCUGCACAUGCCCGUUUCCCCGAUAUUUCUGCAUCAACCCUUCCACAGUCGCCGCCGCAGAUGCGCUACCAGUCUUACGACACCGGUUAUCAGCAACAGCCCUAUUUUCAACAACAACAACAACAGCAAUAUCCGCAGUUUCAAGGACAGACACCCUAUAACCAGCCACAGCAAUACCAACGGAAUCAGUAUGCGUCUACGUCUUAUAGUUCGGGACAACUUGGCCCACAAUCGACUGGCCUGCCUUUUCAGCCGUCUGGUCAUUUUGGACAACAGCUAGUGUCCCAAGGAGACUUCCAACAGCCUUAUCAACAAUAUCCAAACGGGUACCAGAACCAGUAUGCUCAGCAGCAGCAGCAGCAACAACAACAACAACAACAGCAACAACAACAGCAAUACGGAGGCUACCAAGGUGGCUACCAGCCUCAGCAACAAACCCCGAGUUACCUCUCUGAGUUUGAUCCAUACACAUCCCACCCCACUCCUUCACAUAACAGGUCCAGUUCCCAGCCAACUAGCCUUGCAAGCCACAAUCCUGGUGGUGCGAUGCACCCUCGGGAUUAUAUUCGCCAACAUAAAGCUGAACUGGAGGCUUGGGAUCCGUACACGUGGAAGCAGAUGUUUAACGCUUGUGAUGCGCUCAGCGCAGCCUGGCUUACACGAAAGCAAGAGACGGAAAGGGUAGUGCAGCAGCUGGGCGGGAACGGUGCACCGGGUUUGUUCGGUCCACCAUCUGGUUAUCAGGCAUAUGGCAGCGAACUUCAGAGAUGGCAACAGAUUGUGAAAGAAGCUAAUUCGUAUCAUGAUACCGUCGCGGCCUCUGCAUUUCAGCUGAAAGAGGUUCACUCCUCAUAUAGACAGUCAGGAGAUGCUGUGAGCAAGCGACGCGUGCGUGAAUCUUGCAACGCUGCGCUGUCGAACUUGCCCGACUGGCCUGCACCAUUAAAUGCCAAUCAGUCUUGGUAG